UGCUGGCGGGAGAGGCAGACCAGCCGAAGUCCAGCAGCAGCCCGGGCGGCCACUGACAGCCACGCCAUGAGGCCCCUGACGAUCCUCGCCCUGUCGGCCCUGGCAGUGCUCUGCCUCUGCCCGGCUGGCCCGGCAGAUGCAAAGCCCAGCCGUGCAGAGUCAGGCCGAGGCGCAGCCUUCGUGUCCAAGCAGGAGGGCAGUGAGGUGGUGAGGAGGCUCCGGCGCUACCUGGCCCCCGGGCUGGGCGCCCCAGCCCCCUACCCGGACCCCCUGGAGCCCAAGAGGGAAAUAUGUGAGCUCAACCCCGACUGUGACGAGCUGGCUGACCACAUCGGCUUCCAGGACGCUUACAGGCGCUUCUACGGCACGGUCUAGAGCAGGCGCCCCAACCCCCCCCCCCCCCCGCCGUCUGCCGCUCCCCACCCAGGACCCCUCCCCUCCCGGCACCCUGACCUCCCUGCCCGGCACGUGUGGGGCCCCCGGCAUCCCCGCUGCUCCAAAAUAAACUCCAGAAGAGGAA